AUGGAUGCCAUCAAGGGUCUGGCACGUCGUACAACGCAAAGCAUUCGAGAGAAAGUUACCCAUACAGAGACAUCUCCUGAGGAUGAAAUGUUAGAUGAAACUAGUAAGAAGGUUCGUCAAUUUCAAAAGACCAGUGAAGUUCUUUGUGUUAAACUUAUACGCGCUGCAAGUCUUAUUGAAGAACUUGGUAAACUUGUGAAAGAUAUCGGGGAGGAAUAUCAAAAAGUACCAGAUUUGCAACCGGACGCCAUAAAGUUCGCAGAUGACGUUUUGGAAGUUGGAAAUAAACUCAUUGCAACCGCGCAGGAACACCAGAAAGGUCUCAAAACUCAAGGAUUUGAUGUACUAAAUUCUUUCAUGAAGGAAGUAAAAAAAUUGAAGGAUGCAGAAGAUACUCGACGCAAGAAUCAACUCGAAUAUGAUUUUUUUCGACGAAAAGUAUUGGAGUUGCGUCGCGAUCCACCUAAGGAUACUUCACGUAUUCCACGUAACGAACAAACAUUGGAGAAUUGGCGAGUGGAACUAUGGAGAGCUACUGAAAACAAUAAGGCGAUUUGUUCUAAUCUCUAUGCUGAGGGGCAGCGUGGUAUUGAUCUCAGUGUUUUAACCCUUACACAGGUCCUCGGCAGUUACCUUGGCAUUGCUGGAGGCGGUUUCAAACAACAGUUUGUCAAUGCACGACUGCCUGUGUACCCAACUGGCCCUAUUUUGCCCCCCGCACCACUACCGCCCAAUCCUUUGCCGCCUUAUCAACCGCCGCUGCAGCCAGGGGGUUAUGGUAGUGCCACGUACGGGCAACCACCACAACCACAACAGGGAUGGCAACAGUCCCAACCACCGUAUGCGCAACCAACACCACCAGCACAACAACAAAGCCAGAAUUGGCAUCAGCAACAACAACAACAACAACAACAACAGGGAUAUCAACAAGGACAUGUUGUGCAGCAACAAAAAGACUGGACACAGUCACAGCAGAGUUGGCAGCAGCCACCACCAACGUCUGUAGAACAACACGACUGGGGUCAGCCCCAACCGUCACAGUCACAACAACAAUUGACACAACCGCAAGUUUCGAUCAGUGGGGGGUGGCAAGUAGCAGAGCAGCCGGUCGAGUGGAAACCAACUCCACAGAGCUUAUCGUCCUCUAAUGUAACACAAACACAUGAAAACAAAUUGUGGACGCUGACACCUAUUGUUGAUGAACAUUUUAAAGGCAAUGGUAACGGUAACGUUGAUGGUAACGGUAACUCUGCACAUACAUCAUAG